UCAUCAUGGACGUCGUUUGUUGAGUUGCGGCGUUUAGUAUAUAAGAAAAAUGUGUUUUAAACUAUAAAUCUCAAGUUUUAUCUUAUUGUGGUAAUAUAGAAAAUGGUAACGGUUGCCGACGAUUUAGAUUCUUUGUCUUUGCAAGAGCCAAUUUUCAAGGAUGUCAAGUAUUACCUCUCUGGCGAUGUGUCCGACAGGAUCAUGUUGCUCCUGCAAUCUGGCGGAGCCGAGAAUACAAAGUACUUCUCAGACUAUGUUACUCAUUUAAUCUGUGGCCAAAAUGCGGCGGACACAGACCUCGAUGACGCUCAAGAUAUUUAUCAGAUACCUGCUGUGACCGAGUACUGGGUGUUGGCGUGCGUCAGGUUGCGGAGACUUGCCAAUCCCAAGCCCUACAGUCCUAACAGAAAUAAGAUAUUUUCAAAUGUGACUGCCUGUGUGGCCCAAGUGAGUCCGGCGGAUUUGAAAACAUUGUUUGCUAUAAUCACAUACCAUGGCGGAAAAGUGAAGCUCAAUUUGGACCCCCAGUGUACACAUUUGAUCUGUGGUGUGGCGUCCGGCAGAAAAUACAGUGCAGCACUCAGUUUACCUAACAACCGGAUUAAGAUUGUGACACCGGACUGGGUGCUAGAGAGCUUGAGGGCCAGAAUACAGGCGGUCACUGAUAUCUUCCACCCCAAGUUACUGAUAGUGCCACAGCCUCCGCCCAAGUUGAUGGAUCGCAUAAGUGCCAUUACAGGUUUUGACUUUGAAGAGGGUAUAGCAAAGAAUGAAGUGCCCACCCAAAACAUGACUGAAAUUAAAGAUGAGAGUACUCAAGCACUGCUGGAUAAACUUGAUAAACUUAAGCAGAGGAUGCCCUGGAACCACCCACCAUCUUCAGUCAACACUUCCACUGUUCCAACAUCCGCGGUGACCUCUAUGGGUUAUUCAAAUACUAUGCAACCAGGGAACAUCAUGAGCAAGUCUAUCCCACAGGGUAUUGUGACACAAAAUCUGCAGAUCCAAGGUAGUCAAACUAAUACACAACUCAUGCAGAAAUUCAUAGCGUCACAAGCUAAUAUGAAUGUGGGCCAAAUAGGCCUGCAGCAGCAAGUGUAUGGACAGCAACAACAACAACAACAGCAGCAGCAGCAACAAUCACAGCCCCAGCAGCAGCAACAGCAGCCACAUGGUCUCACCGCCAUACAGAUACAACAGCAAAAGUUGCUGCAACAGCGCCAACUAGCAGCGCAAAUGCAAAUGCUGCAACAGAAGACUAACCAACAAAAUCAGCAAGGAUUUUCUCAGUCCAAUGUCUUAGUGUCACAGAUGAACCAGAUCCCGGGCCAGAUGCAGCAGCACAUCCAAAGCAGCCAGCAUCAUAUACAACAGAACCAGAACAUAUCACAAUCCAACAGUAACAUGACCUCAGCUCAGCAACAGAUUGAAAAUAUCAGUCAGAUGUUGAGUCAGAGUGCCAAUAACCUUCAGCAGCAACAAUUAAAUCAGCAAAACAUGGCUAUGAAACAAAGCUUGAGCUUGAGCCAGCAAACCGCUUCACAAGCCGUGCAAAAUAUAGCUCAGCAGUUGGCUCAAUCCACUCAGAAUCUGCAACAGAAGCUCAGCCAGAACAUGAAUCAAAGUCAAGUCAUUAACCAGCAACUCAUGGGUGCAGGGCAGCAAAUGUCUUCACAAAAUCAGAAUCUGAUUCAACAACAAACUGUCCAGUCAUUAACAAACCAGCAGCAGAACUUGAAUAUGGGAGUAGUCAACCAGCAGGGAAUGGUUUCAUCCUCUCAAGGCCAAGGCAGCCAAGUUCAGCUGAACCAACUUGUCGGGAACAGUGGCCAACAAACAGUAUUAGGACAGCAAAUACAGUCUGUACAGCAAAGUAUUCAAAGUCAGCAGGGUGGCAAUGUACAAGGUGCUUGGAGACAACAGAACAUACAAAUGGUGCAAAAUGUUCAAGGCCAACAUCAGAUAAUCAGGAGUCCACUAGUGCAACGGAAUCCACAAAACCCAGUCAUUUUACAGCAACAGAUUAUGCAGACGCAACAGCAGGCUCUGAUAAACAACCAACAACAGGCUCAGUCUAGCCCUCAGCAUACAAUACAGCAAAGUAACCAGCAGCUUUUGCAACAAACUAUUGGGUCACAAGGUCAGAGUAUUGGCCAAACGCAUCAUCAAAUAUUAGUUCAAAAGCAGCAGUUAUUGAAUGGUUCAAACCAGCAGCAAAUAGUGCAGGCCCCACAGCAGGUGUUGAUAAAUCAGCAUACUGGACAACAGCAGAUAUUGGUCCACGGAAACCAGCAGGUGACCUUGCAGAGCGGGCAACAGAUAGUGUCACAAAGUCAGAUAGUCCACCAGGGCGGUCAGAUAGUGAAUCAAGGUGGACAGCAGAUCAUCACGCAAGGCACGCAGCAGGUGCUGUCACAGGGCGGCCAACAUGUUAUAACUCAGCAAGGACAGCAGCAUCAAGUAGUGAUUGCUCAGUCGUCACAGCAGAUUGUGACUCAAUCUGGACAGCAGAUUAUUGGUCAGACUGUAGGCCAGAACCAACAAGUAUUAUCACAAGUGCCGCAGUCACCGCAGGGCAGUACACAGCUGACUAGUGGCGGUGGCAUCCAGCAGAUCAUAACGCACAGUGGCGGGCAACAGAUUGUGUCACCGGGCGGUCAGCAGAUAGUUCAGGGCGGGCAGAAUGUGACGUGGCAGCAGCAGCAACAGUAUUUGCAACAGCGACAGCAGCUAGGGCAGCCUGCUACAGUUGUUGGACCAAGGGUAUCAUGGACAGCAGGCGGCGGCGGUCGCCAGCUCAUCCACCUGGACGCGCAGACGCACGCGCAACUCCAACAGAUGGACCCCACGCAGCGCGCCAUGUUCGUGGCGCAGCUGCAGAAGCGCCGCCAGCAGCUGUCCAUGCAGCGCGCAGCACUACAGCACCAGCAGCCGGGCGGCGUAGUAACAGGCUCGCCUACGGCGGGUGGCGCUCCGCAGAGCAUCACUUUCAUCCGAGGUCAGCUACCGCCCGGACAACAGCAGGUGCAAUGGCUGCAACAGCAGGGCGCCCGCGCGACCGCCAUGCCGGCCGCGUCGCCCGCGCAACCGCCACAGUCCCCUGUGGGCGCCGGUGGCGUGGCGAGUCCUGCAGGCGGAGGUGUAGAGCUCCAACAGCUGCAGAUACAGAGGGCGCAGUACCAGCGGCUGCAGCAGCUGCAGGCGCAGAGGGAGCACCACCACCACCUGCCGCACAAGCAGGUUGGCGGCGUUUCGCCGCACGUGGCGGGUCUGGGCGAGCACGCCGACGCCGCUCUGCUGAGCCCGGCCACCACCGACCCGCAGGGGGCAAACAGCGCGUUGCUAGUGAACCCGAAGACCAAGACCGCGCUCGCCAACAUGCUGUCGAUCCGGUUACAGGGCGCCGCGCCGCCGCCCGAGCACGAGCCUUCCGCCGCCGGCACGCUAAGAUUGAUGACGGCGGCGCACGCGGCGGGCGGGCCGGCGCGGGCGCCUGCGCGUCUUCUGCUCGGGCCCGCGCACCAUCCUAUACAGCAGGGCGGCGGAGCAGUGGGGGGUGUGGGCGGGGCGGGGGCGGGCGCGGGCGCGGGCGCGGGCAAGGUGUACGGCGCCGCGCCGCGCGCCGCGCCGCCGCGCGCGCAGUUCUACGGCCACAACCCCAACCUCAAGCUGCCGCCCGACCUCUUCCUGCUCGGCUGCGUCUUCCACAUAGUGGAGUAUCAGCAGUCGUGGGGUGCGGAGCGCGUGGCGCGCUGGGCGGAGUGCAUCCAGCGGCGCGGCGGCGAGGUGGAGGCCGGCUACUGCGCGCGCGUCACGCACGUGCUCUGCGAGACGCAGCGGCACGGCGUCGUCAUGCAGGCGCUCCGAGACGCAAAGCGCUGCGUAACCGCCUACUGGCUGUCUGACGCCAUGCUGCGCCGCGGCGUCGCGCCGCCGUGGCAAGCCUUACAUCUACCCGCCAUGUACGCGGCCAGAGACAGGCCGGCCAAGCACCACAGGGCUGCGCUGUCCGGCUGGAGGGCUGAGGAGCGAGACAGGGUGGCGUGUGCCGUCGAGCAUAUAGGGGCCAAGUUGACUCCGUACAUGACGCGGGAUAACACAGUACUGAUCUGCAAGCGCGCGGAGGGCACCAAGUACCGCAGGGCACGCGAGUGGGGCAUCCCCUGUGUCACCCCCGCCUGGCUCACCGACCUGCUGCUCGGGAACAUGAGCGCACUGGCACAGAUCGAGAACACGAAAUAUCAACAAUUCAACCUAGCCAGUCCUUUCCGAAUGGACUACAGUUUAGUUUCGCAUUUAAUGAACGCGUGGAAGAUGCCUAUCAACAUAACCCCCGAGUCGCACGAGCGCGCCAAGCGCGCGGCCUUGUCCCUCCCGCGCCGCGCCAAGCGCCCCCGCCUCGCCUCCCCCCCUCCCCCGCGCCCGCCCGCCGUGCCGCCGCCCCUCCACCUCGCGCCGAGGGUGCUGUUCUCCGCGAUACCCACCGCCGACCAGAACAAGUACGCCGCCAUCGUCAGGUUACUCGGAGGUCUCGUGGUGUCGACGGCCGCGGAAGCCACGCACCUGGUGAUGGACAAGCUGGUGCGCACCAGCAAGCUGGUCAGCUGCCUCGUCACCGUCAAGCACCUGCUGAGCACCGAGUGGGUGCUCGAGAGCCAGCGUCAGAACAAGUUCGCCGACGAGGCACAGCACGGCCUCCGAGACGACGCCUUCAACAAAAUGUUCAAAUGCGACAUCUCAGAGGUGCUACUCUGCGGCGAACAGAGGAGAAAACUCUUCGAAGGCGUUACAUUCUUCAUGACACCUUGCGUGAAACCAUCUCGAUCAUCGCUCACGGAAAUAAUAGAGUUAUGCGGCGGAAAAGUCGAGAAGAAUCGACGCUCCUACGUCUCCAUACAAGAGAUGCAUAGCAUACGACCUUUCAGCUACUUAGUGCUCACGGUGCCUAAUGAUUUACACCUGGUGUAUUACCUGCUGCAGUCGGAGAAGACUCUCAAUGUUGUCUGCAGUACGGAGGUGGUGCUGUCUGCUAUAAUGAGGCAGAAAUUGGAUAUAGAAGAAUUCCUUGUCAAAAUAGACUAAUUUAUAUUUAUCUUACAUUCUUAUUAGUCAUUAUCUUCCAACUUACCCAAUAAAUGGGUUGGGUAAUGAAAGACUUAAAUUUUUGUUGACAACAAUGGAUUACAAAAACAUAGAUUUCGUGUAUGUUACCAUACAUUAUGCUCGUAUGUAUUCGCAACUUUUGUAAAUGAUUUAAGUUUCUUGACUUUUGAAAGAUGUUUAGUUUAUUUUUUGAAUCUCUAAUUGGUUUUGAGAGUCCCUUACAAGUUUUCCUGUUUAUCCUGUUCCAUGAGAUGCGAAUAUUUUAUUACUGUUAAUGUGAUGCCUUAGUAGUAAGAAGCGGUUUAUACACAACAAAUCUGUUGGUCUGGACCAUUUUGUACAUAGUGAAGAAGAUUGAUUAUAUAAAGAUUUUUCUAAA